AUGCGGCUUUUUAUUAAGCAUAUGGACGGAGAUAGUGAGUACCACAAUGCUAAGAACUGUGAGAAUGCAUACUGGGAGCAUCCAACAGAACAUGGCAAGACACACCAACCACAAAGGAAGAUGGAUCGGCGAACAGAAAGAGUUAUAUGCAGACUCAUGAAGCAAGGGAUAUAUUUUGCGAACGCAUGGACUCAGGAAGUAAAGACCAACAUAGAGGACAACUCCGAGAACGAUAAGGAAAUUAAGGGGUUAAUGAGAUGCACCAUAGCGCAUAUAUACCAAGAUAUACUCAGGACAUAUGCAUGCGAGGGUUGGUGGGGCACAUAUUACGCAUGGUGGGUGGUGGACCAAAUAUCGGGCGCGUUAAAGGACACAUUGGGGGAAAACCAUUGUAAGCGCGGUAUGUAUAAGGAAAUCGAAUUAGGGCACUGGCCCAUGAGGAAUCAGAUGAAGAAAUGGCUAAAGCAGAAUGCACAGAUGCAGGAGAAACUUGCGCAGGAACAAAUAGGCGAUGACUGUAAGGGAGCACAGGUAAAGCUAGAGGUCGGGAAGACACAGGAGGAAAAAGACAAGAACAAGGACAAACAAACGAAAGAUGAAGUAAAGCAGCAGGUCACAAAAAUUUUGCAAGAAGUGGAGGAAGAGAUGAAGAACGAGGAGAAACAAUUGAGGGGGUCAACUGCGAAAGCACCCAAGUACCCUUCUGUGGGCGAAGAAGACGAAAAAAAGGAUGCCGAGAUAGAGGAACACAUAAAACACGCAGUAGAGCACGCGGGAGACGCAUUACAGAAAGUAAUCGUUAUUCCCGCCUCCGGCGCACGCGCCACCGGAACAACCCAGCAAACGCCAGGUAAGGACCGAUGGGAGAAAGCACCAAUACGGCUGCACACGAAUAUUACGAAUACGACCCGUAUGGCCCAUAUGGAUGCCGCCACAACAAAACCACGCGCCCGCGGCGGAAAAGCACGGUCCCUUCGUUGA